CAGUCCCGCAGCCCCCAUCCUGCUCCGAGGCCCAGCGCAGAGCAGGUGCAGAGCCAUGGGCAGCGCGCCACCCUCUCCCAGUCCGCAGGGGCUGGGCGCGGGCCAGGCGGCCAGGGCCCCGCAGCUGAGCAGCUUGGCGGCCGUGCAGAGCCUGGCCAGCGUGUUGCGGCCUUGCUACGGGCCGCUCGGCCGGCAGAAGCUGCUGGUGCCUGCGCGGGGGGCGUCCGAGUGCACCGGCUCCGCCGCGCCCAUCCUGCAGGCGCUGCGGCUGGAGCACCCCGCGGCGAGGCUGGUGCGGGACGUGGCGCAGCGCCAGGCCGAGCAGAGUGGCGACGGCGCGGCCUGCGUGGUGCUGCUGGGCGCAGCUCUGCUGCGAGAGUCCGAGCAACUGCUGGCGGAGGGGCUGGCGCGCCCGCACCUGCUGCGGGGCCUGGAGCGGGCGGCGACCGAGUGCGGGGCGCUGCUGCCCGAGCUGGCCGUUCGCGCCCUGGGGCCCCUGGAGGACCCGCGUUGGGCGCUGGCCGCUACCGUGGGCCCGCACCCGCCGGGGCUGGCCACGCUGGUGGCCGCGGCGUGCGGGGAGCUGCGGGAGCCGGAGGGCGACUUCCACCCGGAGCGCCUGACCCUGUGCGGGGUGCUCGGAGGCCGCCCCGAAGAGUCGCGCUUGUUGCCCGGGCUGGUGCUGGCGGGGCGGCCGUGCGGGAAGCGGGAGGCUGCGCUGAACGGGGCGCGCGUGGCCGUGUUCUCCUGCUUCUUCGGGCCGCCCGGCACGCACGGCCAGUCCCGCGCCCGGCUGGACAACGCGGCGGAGCUGGAUGCCUACGCCACGGCGGCGGAGCGCUGGGCCGAGCGGCAGGUGGGGCAGCUGGUCGCGGCGGGCGUCACGGCGGCGGUGUUCAGCGGGGACGUGGACGAGCGAGCCGUGGCCCAGGCUGACCGGCGCGGGCUGCUGGUGGUGCAGGUGCGGGCCCCCGACGCCGCGCUGCUGAGCCGGACCCUGGGCGUCCCGUUGCUGCCCAGCCUGCUGCCCGUGACCAGGCCCGCGCCCUGCCGCCGCGUGUACCCGCAGGAGCUGGGCGACAGCAGCUUCGUGGUCUUCGAGCUGGACGCGCCCACGCUCACGCUGCUGCUGCGGGGCCCCACGGACGCGGGGCUGCGGGCCUCGGAGCGCGCCGCCCGCCAGGGCCUCGCCGCCUUCGCGCAGCUGUGCGGGGACCCGCGGCUGCUGCCCGGGGCGGGCGCCUCCGAGAUGGCCCUGUCGGCGCGGCUGGGCGAGCGGGGUGCGCGGGCCGGACCCCCCGACGGCCCGGGGCUGCUGGCCUGGGCGCGGGCGCUGAGGGAGCUGCCCGAGGCGCUGGCCGAGAACGCGGGGCUGGAGGUGCCCGGGGUGCUGGCGCAGCUGCGGGGCGCGGUCCAGGCCGGGCACCUGCUGCUGGGCGUGGGCGCCGACGGCCUGAUCGAUGUGGCCCUCGAGGAGGUGUGGGAGCCCCUGGCCACCAAGGCCCAGGCCUUCCGCGCAGCCGCCGCCGUGGCGCAGCAGCUGGUGGCCGUGGACGACAUCGUGGUGGCCCGGCAGCUACCCGCGACGCCACCCCCGCGCAGCGCCAGCCUGGACCGCCACAAGGGCAAGGGCCGGCCCCGCAAGGGUCCCCGGGGCCGCUGAGCAUGGCCCGGCCUGGAGACAGCUGGGGACCGCCCAGGAGCGCACGGGACCGCGGGAGGCAUAGCCCGGGGCGCUGGGGAACUCAGGCUGCCUGCCCUGGGCUCUGCUACCGCCCAUCCCCUACCCUGCUUUACACAAAGGCCAUCAGAGAGAAGCAUUAAACUGCAGGCUGGCUUCCA